AUGGAAUUUAAACAGUCACUUGAUGGUGGAUGGGGCUGGAUAAUUGUCCUAGUCUCCUUCAUCACUCAGUUUUUGUGUUACGGAUCCCCAUUAGCUGUUGGAGUCUUGUACAUAGAAUGGCUGGAUGCGUUUGGUGAAGGGAAAGGAAAAACAGCAUGGGUUGGAUCCCUGGCAGGUGGAAUUGGCUUGCUUGCAAGUCCUGUCUGCAGUGUCUGUGUCUCAUCUUUUGGAGCAAGACCCGUCACAAUCUUCAGUGGCUUCAUGGUGGCUGGAGGCCUGAUGUUGAGCAGUUUUGCCCCCAGUAUUUACUUUCUGUAUUUUUCCUACGGCAUUGUUGUAGGUCUUGGAUGUGGUUUAUUAUACACUGCAACAGUGACCAUUACGUGCCAGUAUUUUGACAGCCGCCGAGGUCUUGCGCUUGGCCUGAUUUCAACAGGUUCAAGUGUUGGCUUUUUUAUAUAUGCUGCUCUGCAGAGGAUGCUGAUUGACUUCUAUGGACUGGAUGGAUGCUUGCUGAUUGUGGGUGCUUUAGCUUUAAAUAUAUUAGCCUGUGGCAGUCUGAUGAGACCCUUCCAAUCCUCUGAUUGUCCUUUGCCUAAAAAAACAGCUCUGGAAAAUGUACCAGAUAGAUAUUCCACUUACAAUGAAAAAGAAAAGAACCUGGAAGAAAACAUCAACAUUCUUGACAAGGGCUGCAGUAGUGAGGAGAAAUCCCAGCACACAGUAGCCAAUGGUGACUGGAAACAGGAGAGUCUACUUUACAAAAACCCCAUGACAACGGCACACACAAAAGAGCCUGAAACGUACAAAAAGAAAGUUGCAGAACAGACUUAUUUUUGCAAACAGCUUGCCAAGAGGAAGUGGCAAUUAUAUAAAAACUACUGUGGAGAGACUGGAGUUCUUUUUAAAAACAAAGUAUUUUCAGCACUUUUUAUUGCUAUCUUGUUUUUUGACAUCGGAGGGUUUCCACCUUCGUUACUUAUGGAAGAUGUAGCGAGAAGUUCCAAUAUGAAAGAAGAAGAGUUUAUUAUGCCUCUUAUUUCCAUUAUAGGCAUUAUGACAGCAGCUGGUAAACUCCUUUUGGGGAUAUUGGCUGACUUCAAGUGGAUUAAUACCUUAUAUCUUUAUGUAGCUACCUUAAUGAUCAUGGGCCUGGCCUUAUGUGCAAUUCCAUUUGCCAAAAGUUAUGUCACGUUGGCAAUACUUUCUGGGAUCAUAGGGUUUUUUAAUGGUAAUUGGUCCAUCUUCCCAUAUGUGACCACGAAGACUGUGGGAAUUGAAAAAUUAGCCCAUGCCUAUGGGAUACUAAUGUUCUUUGCGGGACUUGGAAAUAGCCUCGGACCACCCAUUGUUGGUUGGUUUUAUGACUGGACCCAGACCUAUGACAUUGCAUUUUAUUUUAGUGGCUUUUGCGUCCUGCUGGGAGGUUUUAUUUUGCUGCUGGCAGCCUUGCCCUGUUGGGAUUCAUGCAACAAGCAACCCCCCAAGCCGGCUCCAACAUCCUUUUUAUACAAAGUUGCCUCUAAUGUUUAG